CCAGACGACUUUGCUGAUGAAGAGGAGGUCCAGUCAUUUGGAUAUAAGAGGUUUGGUAUUCAGGAAGGAACCCAGUGUACCAAAUGCAAGACAGAAUGGGCUUUGAAAGCUGCCAUCGUCCUGCUCUAUAUCCUGUGUGCUCUGCUUACCAUCGCCGUGGCUGUGCUGGGGUACAAAGUGGUCCAGAGGGUGGAUGAUGUUAGUGAAGGAAUAGAGAAUUAUGGUGGGAAGAUCAUCGCCGUGGAGACAGAUUUGAAAAAGCUGGAUAAUGAUGCUGGCCUGAAAUCAGAGAACACCUCCUCUGAGCUGCGGACAUUCCGCUCCACCAUGGCAACCCUACGGCGCAGGAUGGCUGAAGUCUCAGAACGCGUGAGCAACAACGCGGCAACGUUACAGCAGCUGCACACGUUGUCCCAGGACGUGCGCACUUCACAAGCCUCUCUGCGUUCUCUGCUCGAUUCCCACGCCGCCAACCUGCGUUCGGCUAAUGCCACACUCUUCUCCUAUGCUGGCAGCAUGCUGGCACUGCAGGAAGAUACCGCACGGUUGCAACAUGAGCUGCAGGCACAGGUGGAGGCCCAGCGGUCGUGGCAGCUAAGUGCCGACCGGUUGAACCUCACACAGGCUCGCCAGACAGUUACCACCACCACGCUCCAGCGACAGCUAGAAGCAGCAGCGCAAGCAGCACAGGGCUUGCGCAAUGAUGUCACAGCGCUACAGCAAGCCACUAAGCAGAUGCGUGUUGACGCCGACUGGCUAAAGGGGAAGAUACAGAGCCUCCAAGGCAGCAACGCUAAUGCGUCGGCUCAGGCCCGGUCGACCGCGGACGCUCUGGAAGAACUGGGAGCACAGCUGACAGCUCUAAAUGCACAGCUGCUAAACGCCAGCGUGGUCAGCGAUGCGCAGGAACUCAGCUUGCGCCUACUGAUGGACCAGCAGCGAGAUCACGGCAACCGUACAAGUGCCCGUUUCGACCGGCUAGAGACGCGUCUGGAUGAAGCAGAGGAGAGCAUCGACCGCGUGACGGGCAACAUCAGCUUUACUACACAACUGCUUGGUGGCGUUAACACGGAGCUGAGCGCCUUGCGGACUUGCAGCGACACAGUGGGACGACACUCAGACUUUUUGCUUGGCCUCAACGGAAGUCUGGCUGAGACCCGGGCCGAUACGGCCACCCUCAGGACACAGCAGGACGAACUUGCAGCCCGGUUGGACAAGGAGGUCACCAGCCUGUCCAUUAUCAUGGAAGAGAUGAAGUUGGUCGACACCAAGCACUCGCAGCUCAUAACUAACUUUACCAUUCUGCAAGGUCCUCCUGGGCCUAGGGGUCCACGUGGUGAUAGAGGCCCCCAAGGUUCAUCAGGUCUUCCGGGCCAGAAGGGGGAGCGAGGUGAAAAGGGGUUGCCGGGUGCGCCUGGUAACCGCGGUGAAAAGGGAUCACCUGGCACUCCCGGUCUUCCAGGGUUCGCGGGUCAACCAGGGUCACGUGGGAGCCCAGGGCCAAAAGGUCCUCGAGGGUCAGGGGGUCGGGCAGGGCCUCAGGGCCCUAAGGGAGAGCCAGGCACACCUGGUCCUCCAGGUCGGGAUGGGCAGCCGGGGCCACAGGGAGCUCAGGGGCCUCCUGGGAUCCGGGGCCCCGUAGGUCCAGCAGGGGAACCAGGACCCAGGGGAGUCACAGGACCAGCAGGUCCACCUGGACCUCCUGGUUUACCAGGGCUCCCAGGCAAACCUGCCAUCGAACCUGUUGGACUGCAGGGAGAAAGCUCAGCAGUAAAAGGCGGAGCUGAUUGUCCUGCCAAUUGGCUGAGGUUCAGAGACAGCUGCUACUUCUUCUCUGCCGAGCCUCGUACCUUUGACGAUGCACAGAAAAACUGCAGUGCCAAAUCUUCAUCUAUGGUCAUUGUCAAUGAUGCUGAGGAGCAGCGUUGGCUGCACUUGCAGAUAGUGGGGAAAGGCUACUUCUGGCUGGGUUUGACAGACAGAGCGGAAGAGAAUGUAUGGCGUUGGGUUGAUGGUUCACUGCCUACGUUUACGAAGUGGAAGCCUGGCCAGCCGGACAACUGGAGUCAUGGGCACUUAGAGGGAGAGGACUGUGCAGGGAUUAUUCACGUUGGCCUGUGGAACGACUUCCACUGCGAUGAACCCAUCAGCUCCAUCUGUGAGAGACCUAAAGACAGUCCUGCACAGAAGAAUGAAAUGAUCUGA